CCGCUGGUACAAAGACCGACUGAACGGUCAGUAUCGUACCAGUUAGCAUUCGUUUUGGACGUGAGCGGUCAAACAAACGGCAGCGACGAAUUUGUUCCAGCGAGUAGUGAGAUUCCGCAAAAAUCUCUCGCAAUAGAAUCUCUCGAAAGUGAAUCUCUAGUCCAGAAGAACUAAAGGGUUUCAAGAGUGCGAAAGAAAGAGAGAAAGAAAGAAAGGAUUUUUCCAAUUUCCAGAAUUCGCGAUUUUCUUGUGGAGGAUUGAAUACGUACACUUUAUCAUCGUUUGAGAGGCCAGCGAAAUGGGUAUGAUAGCGCGCGUGAGGCGUCGCGUCCGCGCGAACUCGCUGACGGUCGACAAGGAGAAAACGGCGCAAAGUGUCUGCCUUCUAAGCGCGGUUCUUCUUCUGCCCUAUUGCCCACGCGGCCCGCUGCCGCUUCUACCGUCGCCCGCGCCGGUCCUGUACUCAGCCUUCGUCCUGCCGGUCGUUUUAAGCGCGAACUACAGGUACCCGGUACCGACCCUCAAGACUCUCGCCGAGGCCGCCAAAGGUGGAGCCAAGAGAGCAUGGCAUCCUCUGAAUCGCUUUCUGAGACGGCUAUACGCGCCGGUGGACCGCGCGGAGAAUCUCUUCCUGAAGAUGCGCAAUCUCUCCGUCAUGGCGAACCAGAUAGUGUUCCUGAUCUUGGCCGACAAGGUGCUGCUGCCGCAGCAGAGGCUGACCUGCCUGUACACGCUCAUGUUCUACAACGUGAUAGCCUACUGCGUGAGCUAUAUCAAGGAGCUGAUUCAGAAGGAGGACUGGUCGCCGUACGUCACCCUCACCGAGCGUUCCAAGAUCAAGCAUCUCGCGAUGUCGGCCACCAAGAUCGUGCUCGAGUGGACCAAGGCGGUGACAUUCGUCGUCACGCUGACUUUCAUGCUUCUCGUAUUCGGACUGGAGCAAGGGCUCGAUCAUUACAAACCUUCGUUGAUCUACACGGUGAUCACGUGGCUUUACUAUUCGGCGACGGAGAAGGUCUUCGUCGAGAUGUUCCCGACGAUCCUGGGCUUCCUGCAGCUGGAAGCGUUGGAGAACAUCGAGAAUCUGUACGCGCCGGUUUUACUCCGCUGCUUUACGAUCGCCAUGUCGGCGUUCUUCAGCGUCCUGCUGUUACCGUCGGCCUCUUGGAGGUUCCUGAUGGUCGCCACGUAUCUGAACGUGUACCUGCGAUGGAAGGAACUGAUGGCGAAUUCAGGCGCGGUGCUGCGACGGGAGCGCGAGGUGUUGAACCGCUACAGGAAGGCGACCCUCGAGGAGAUCGAGAGGUUCGACGACGUGUGCGCGGUGUGUCUGUGCGGUAUGACGAAGGCCAGGGUGACACCCUGCCAUCAUCUCUUCCACGCGGACUGCCUGCGACAAUGCCUGAAGACCAGCGACAAAUGUCCCAUGUGCAAGCGCGAGCUCAAGUUCGACUAAAUAAACGACCUCGCGGGGAAUAUACUCUUCUUUUGAUUGCCUCCAGAGAAAGAUUUACGAGAUUCUCAAAACGCGUCGCUGAAGAAGACGAAGAGGCGG